UCAUAAUGUCAAGGACUAUGGCUUGUCUGGUAAGCAAGUAUCGAUAUGAGGUAGGUAGGUUCGGGCAGUUGGGGCUCCGGAGCCCCUGAAUCGUGACCCCACUUGGCCGAGCUGCUGGGGAAACCCUCAAUUGGCGGGGUUGAGCGGCGAGGCCAGUCAAAUUGAGCUCAACAACUGCAGCAGCCUGCGCUCAACCAGCACGAUCCUCAGAAACGAGCACCGAACAAGAGAAGAAAAAGAAACAAACCACCCACAGGCACUCAAAAAAUGAGACUCAAGGACAUCCAGCAGCUGGAGCUACCGCCCUCGGCGGACAUGCACGUCCACUUGCGGCAGGGCAAGCUUAUGGAGUUGGUGACUCCCGAGAUCCGCAACGGGGGUGUCGACACUGUCUAUGUGAUGCCCAACCUCCAACCGCCCGUGACGACAGUCUCGCGCGCCCUCGAGAUCCGGUCCGCCCUGCAGGCCAUCGAGCCGCGCGUCAACUACCUCAUGUCGCUGUACCUGCACCCGAGCGUGACGGCCGAGGUGGUGGCCGAGGCGGCGGCGGCGGGCGUGACGGGGGUCAAGAUGUACCCGCAGGGCGUCACGACCAACUCCGAGUCCGGGGCGGGCGCCGACUUUGUCGAGGCCUACGCGCCCGUCCUGCGCGCCAUGGAGGAGCAUGGCCUCGUGCUGAACCUCCACGGCGAGGUGCCCAAUGCGGAGCCGACCGAGGAUCUGUCGCUCGAGGAGGCGUUCCUGCCCGAGCUGAGGCGCCUGCACGAGACGUUUCCGCGACUGCGCGUCAUUCUCGAGCACUGCUCCACGGCCGCGGCCAUCGAGGCCGUCAAGGCCUGCGGACCGACGGUGGCGGGCACCAUCACGGCGCACCACCUCUACCUCACCGGGGACGUCAGCGAGGUGGACCCGCACGCCUUCUGCAAGCCGAUUCCCAAGAAGCCCAAAGACCGUGACGCGCUGGUCAAGGCCGUGUGCAGCGGAAACCCCAAGUUUUUCUUCGGCAGUGACAGCGCCCCGCACCCGCUGGCGUCCAAGUCGGGCCAGCCGGUUCCGGCGGGCGUCUUCACGCAGCCGUUUGCGACACAGCUGGUGCUGCUGGCGCUCGAGGACGCUGUCGAGCGCGGCGUCAUCUCGGACGACGAGGUGACGCAGGAAGCCCUCGAGCUGUUCCUGAGCCGGGCCGGCCGGCGCUUCUACCAGCUGCCCGAGCCCGAGGCGGGCGCCAAGAUGGUGCUGGAGAGGAAGGGCGCGACGAUCCCGGCCAGCAUCAAGAGCGGCGACGGGAGCGGCCUCGAGGUCGGCCUGUCCAAGGCCGGCGCAUCCGUCUUUAGCCUGCGGUGGGUUUCUUGAAGGGGCUCGGUGGGGAAGAUGCAAGGCCGGCACACGCACACACGUGAGACUACGUCAGUUUUUGGGCGGGCGGAGCUGCACUUGCAUGCCACGGCGGCCAGAUAGAAACAUGCAGUUCCGGUAACGUGAAUGGGGAACUCCCGUUGAACAAUCUGUCCUAUAGCCUAUAGGACUGCUUCGUAUGACGAUGUGACGGCGGGCUUCGUUUUAUUGGGGAGGGAGGAAAAAAGGCCCAAACGUCGUGCGUUCCUCCGCGCUAGACGUAAUAGUGCACAAACUUGCAGCUCCGCCCGUCGCAUCGGGAGUGGACGCGAGGCUAUAAGAAAGGCUGUGAUAUUGCUCCCUUUCCCUGAUCUCGGGAUCCUGAUUGUUCGGAAUCUGGCGCGUGGAAAAAAAGGCUCGAUGGACCAUGGACCAAGUUGGGCCAGACGGCACGGACGUAUCUGAUUGGCGAGCGGAGGCCUGGGAAGCUCCCUUGGCUCAGGCUUCCAUGCCCAAAACGGGCUGGCAGAAGCUGCACAAUUGCGUCAGAGCCACUCGAUUCAGCCGCCCGAGGUGAGGGAAAUAAGCACGGGCAACAAGCAUCCCAGAAACUAGCCAAAAGCCCUCAUCCCGGAUGCCACCUCAUACCAUCACUCGGGCAAGGCAUCUAGGGUUCUCCGAUGCAUGCACUCAGAUGUGAUGCGGGGGGCCAGAAGUACUGUGCACCGCAGUGCGUGAUGGCUCGGCAGAGUGGGCGGGCUGCGAAGGGGGCCGAGACGUGGUGGAAGCUGGCCAGCCUUCUGGAGUUCUGGAGUUCUGGAGAAGGGGGUUGAGGGAAGGGGGUCUGGUGUCCCGCGCUCGCCUGACGGGGAGGCGAGCUACCGAGUCGGCACCCAAUCCCCCCAAUUGGGCCGAGGGCAGCUGAACACAUGCAGUCGUGCGUGGGACCAGCCUGCACCCUGGCGUGACGCCUGCCUGGGCGCCUGAGAGACGGCCGCCUGCCACAGUCAGAUUCAUCGGCAGCGGCCUCCUUGCAAAACCGCUCGAACGAACGGGGCGUGGACUAGGCAUGUAUUCCCGUCGGAUGGACAGGUCCCUCGUCUCAACAACGGCACCAACGGCAACGGCAGUCCAGCCCGGUAAGACGGAUGGGUAGACACGAGAUGGAGGAAAAAGGCACAGACAGAAGACAAAAUGACAGA